CCUGCCACCCCCAUUUUCCAGAUGACGCGACUGAGGCCCAACCAGCUUUGUAGGAGGCGGAGUCUCCCCAGGGUCCCUCUCAGGCUGUCCUAGGGGAGGGGGCUCUGGGAGCCACGAGGCCCCUCCCUGCCUCUCUCCCCAUCUCCCGGCAAGCUCAGAGGGGCGGGGAGAGAGAGCCAGAGGAGGUGGAGAACUCCGGCAGCUCUGCAGAGGGGGGCAGGAGCUCCGGGGUUUGGUACCCCCAGCCCCACCGCUGUUGCCGCCGCUGCAGCGGGGACACAGGUGAGGACGGCCCUACGGGGAGGGGGAGGGCGCCACCAACAGUGCUGUCCUUGUCCUUCCCUGGUCCAGCCCCCAUGCCCUAGCCCACCCUGGGACAGUUCCCAGGGGUCCAGCCGGACCUUGUCCUUCCAGAGCCUCCUUCCAGGGACCCAGCCCCCUCCUCCUGCCUGCGCUGCCUUCUCCUCUCCCAGGCCUGGCUGUGGCUGUUUCUCCUCUUCCUCCUCCUCCUGCUGCCACUGCUGCUUCUGCCGUUGUCCAGCAUACACCGCCAGCCCCUCGGGGUGUGGUUUCCCCUGACCAGCCCCCAACGGUGGGACGCUGCCUGAUCGCUGCCUUCCCCUUGGGCCCCCUGCAAGGCCCAGCAGCCCCCCACCCUGGAGACACACCCAACUGCCUUUCGACACCCCAACCCGCUCUUCGGCCCAUUUUGAGAGGGACCCCCUCUUCCUCUUAGUCUUUUUCCAUCCUCUGGAUGCUCUGGGGCUGUGCUCAACUUCCUUCCAACUGAGCCCCAGCCCCAAGGGAUUCCCCAGGUCCCUUCUCUGUAGCACGGGAACUCUUGAGGGGGCGGGCCGGGCUUUCUCAGCCCACCCCACCCCCCAGACACCCUUCUCUCCUAGACAUUUCAGCCUCUGAAAAAUAACCCAGCCCCAUAUCUGCCCCUUUAGAUACCCCAUCUGGUUCUCCGGUCCUACUAGGGGGGCCCCCCUCCUUCCUUCCCCAGAACUCCUGUAGCCUGUGGCCACCCCACCCCCAGGCUACUCUUGGCAGCUCUAGGCACUCCCAAGACACCUCUCAGCCUCUUUACAACCUCCUGGCUCUCCAGCCACCCCUCAGAUGCACCAGCUCCUUUCCUAGAUCCACGAGGGGCCUCCAAACGCCCUUCUCUCCCCCCGCCCUGCGGAAGUCCUGAGAGUUUGGACAACCCUCCUUCCCUUCUCUCAGCCCCUCUAGAACCCCCUCCAGACACUCACAGCCUCUUGGAAACACCUCUGGUCCCAUUUCUACUCCUCUGGAUGCCCCAGUCCCCUCUCUGACCCCGCUAAGGGGCUCUAGUCCCUUCUUCCUGCCCUCAGAAUUGAGAGUGUGGCCAGCUCCUCGGUGCUUCUUGCUUCUAGACACCUCCAGACACCCCUCAGGGACAUGCUGAUCCCUCCCAGCAUCACUUCAGUCUCUCUAAACACUCCCUCUUCGUGGCACCUCUAGAUCCUUCGCGGCACCUCUAGCCGCCCCUUUCCUGCUCCUCUCCAUGUCUCCUUGCCCCUUCUCCCUCAAGACAUCCCCCAGGUCCCCCUGAGACCCUCUACAUGCCCACCAAGCCCUUGCCCACCUCUCUAGUCCCGCCUCCUGGUUCCUCUCGGCCUCUCUAGACGCCGCCCCCCCCCCCCCCCCCGUUUCCUUGUGCGAGUGGCCCAGGGCCUCUCCAAGCCCCCACCAUCCUGGAGACAGCCCCAUUCUCCUAAAGGCCACCCCCACCGCCAAGUGUCCGCAAGCCUGGGGCGCGGCAGGAUGGCGGCAGGCGUGGCCACGUGGCUGCCUUUUGCGCGGGCGGCCGCGGUGGGCUGGCUGCCCCUGGCCCAGCAGCCCCUGCCCCCGGCGCCGGGGGUGAAGGCAUCGCGAGGGGAUGAGGUUCUGGUGGUGAACGUGAGCGGCCGGCGCUUUGAGACCUGGAAGAACACGCUGGAUCGCUACCCAGACACCCUGCUGGGCAGUUCAGAGAAAGAAUUCUUCUAUGACGCAGACUCAGGAGAGUAUUUCUUUGAUCGGGACCCGGACAUGUUCCGGCACGUGCUGAACUUCUACCGCACGGGCCGACUGCACUGCCCGCGGCAGGAGUGCAUCCAGGCCUUCGACGAAGAGCUGGCUUUCUACGGCCUGGUGCCCGAGCUCGUGGGCGACUGCUGCCUCGAAGAGUACCGGGACCGCAAGAAGGAGAACGCCGAGCGCCUGGCGGAGGACGAGGAGGCCGAGCAGGCCGGGGACGGCCCGGCCCUGCCGGCCGGCAGCUCCCUGCGGCAGCGGCUCUGGCGGGCCUUCGAGAACCCCCACACGAGCACCGCGGCCCUGGUUUUCUACUAUGUCACCGGCUUUUUCAUCGCCGUGUCGGUCAUCGCCAACGUGGUGGAGACCAUUCCGUGCCGCGGCCCUGCGCGGCGGCCCCCGAGGGAGCAGCCCUGCGGCGAGCGCUUUCCGAUAGCCUUUUUCUGCACGGACACGGCCUGCGUGCUCAUAUUCACGGGGGAAUACCUCCUGCGGCUGUUCGCCGCCCCCAGCCGCUGCCGCUUCCUGCGGAGCGUGAUGAGCCUCAUCGACGUGGUGGCCAUUCUGCCCUACUACAUCGGACUCUUCGUGCCCAAGAACGAGGAUGUCUCGGGCGCCUUUGUCACCCUGCGCGUGUUCCGGGUGUUCCGCAUCUUCAAGUUCUCCAGGCACUCACAGGGCUUGAGGAUUCUGGGCUACACGCUCAAGAGCUGUGCCUCGGAGCUGGGUUUCCUCCUCUUUUCCCUUACCAUGGCCAUCAUCAUCUUCGCUACUGUCAUGUUUUAUGCCGAGAAGGGCACAAACAAGACCAACUUUACCAGCAUCCCCGCAGCCUUCUGGUAUACCAUUGUCACCAUGACCACACUUGGCUACGGAGACAUGGUGCCCAGCACCAUCGCUGGCAAGAUUUUCGGAUCCAUCUGCUCACUCAGUGGCGUCUUGGUCAUUGCCCUGCCUGUGCCAGUCAUCGUGUCCAACUUUAGCCGCAUCUACCACCAGAACCAGCGUGCUGACAAGCGCCGAGCGCAGCAGAAGGUGCGCUUGGCCAGGAUCCGGUUGGCAAAGAGUGGUACCACCAACGCCUUCCUGCAGUACAAGCAGAACGGGGGCCUUGAGGACAGUGGCAGUGGGGAGGAGCAGGCGCUGUGUCUCAGGAACCGUUCUGCUUUCGAGCAGCAACAUCACCACUUGCUGCACUGUCUAGAGAAGACCACGUGCCAUGAGUUCACGGACGAGCUAACUUUCAGCGAGGCCCUGGGCGCCGUCUCGCUGGGUGGCCGCACCAGCCGCAGCACCUCCGUGUCCUCCCAGGCCCUGGGGCCUGGUGGCCUGCUGUCCUCUUGCUGCCCCCGCAGGUCCAAGCGCCGUGCCAUCCGCCUGGCCAACUCCACGGCCUCGGUCAGCCGGGGCAGCAUGCAGGAGCUGGACACGCUGGCGGGGCUGCGGAGGAGCCCUGCCCCUCAGAGCCGCUCAAGCCUCAAUGCCAAGCCCCAUGACAGCCUUGACCUGAACUGCGACAGCCGGGACUUCGUGGCUGCCAUCAUCAGUAUCCCCACCCCUCCUGUCAACACCCCAGAUGAGAGCCAACCUUCCUCCCCUGGCGGUAGUGGCAGUGGGGCCGGCAGCACCCUCAGGAACUCCAGCCUGGGUACCCCUUGCCUUCUGCCCGAGACUGUCAAGAUCUCUUCCCUGUGAGGGGCGGGCCUGCCCAUCCCGAGGGCCCUCUCAAUUUUUGGGGACUCCUUUCCAAAGCCAUAUUUUGGGGGGGCAGAGAAGGGCAGGCCUGGGGACCCCUUCUGCACCUCCCCACACACACUGAGAACUAUGCAAUGGAGUUUCAUGGGUGGCCCCUGGUGGGAAUAUAGCUAGGGAAUGGGAAACUUCCCCCACCCCAGACAGGUUUCCUGGUGGGAGCUGAAGCGCUGGGCUUCCUCGGGCCCCCAGCCUCCUUGCCCCAACACACUGGGACUGGCCCCUCUACCCCAGCUGGCCCCCUGCAUGCUCCUCCCCUCUGGAGCUCUGGCCUGAGAAGGAGAGGUGAGCCUUCCUCUUCUCUCCGGCUGGGCUGUGGAGGUUUAGGGGUUCAGAGAAGAGAACCCUCACGUCUGAUCUGGGCCUCUAGAAGCAAUCCCACCCUCCACCAGCCCCAACAACUCCCAGAUUCCGAAGCUUGGAAUGCGAUCACAGGCUUCAUGGGCUGUGACCUCAGCAAUGACCUGCCACCCCUAGGCUUUGUCUCAGGGGUCAGGCUGCCUCUCCCAACAUACACAGAUAGCACAAACACCACCACCCCUUUCCCUAGCUGCUGGAAAUGGGUCCCCGCAACCCCGUCCUCCACUGGGCCCCCAGCAAACUCUUAGCAAUAGCAACUGCUGCCGUGACAUGAUGCAAAGCCUCUGCCCAGUUUGCUGCAGCAUUUCUAUCUGCCCUAGUCGUAAGGGCCGCCUCUGGAUGACUCCUCCUUCUCUCUUCUCUGGUUUGCUGCCUUCCUGGGUUGGGCUGGAGUCUGGACAAGCUGAGAUAAAAGCCUGGCAGCUAGCAAGAGCUGGGCUGUGUUUGGAGAUCAUGGGCUGAUUCCAUGUUCUUGGGCAGGAGUCCAAAAGCAGAAGGGGCUGAGGACCUGGGUUGUUCCUGAACUCUGGGAGCUAUAGGAGGCAGGAGGACCUUUCUUACUCUCCUCCUCCUCCCCGACAAUGCCUUUUCACAUAUUCCUCUUUUUUCUCCCUCUCGGGUCACCUUCCAGAACUCCGUGUCUGCUCUCAGGCUGAAAUGUGACAUCAUCUCAGGUUCCCUGUCCCCAGCACUGUCCCUGUGGAGCUGGAGGCUGACAAAGAUGUAGUUUCCAUCCGUCAAUAAAACCUGAAAGGAGAGAGAAGGAUGAA